GUAUCGGACAGCACAGAGGAGCUAGCUGAGGCUAGGCUAACUAACGGAGGCUAGGCUAACUAACGGGAGUUUAAACAGACGUUAUUUAGCUUACUGUUAGCAUGAUGCUAACAUCUCAGUCCAACAUGGCGGAAUAACAAACUAAACUGCAGUUAAACUGAAACAUUCAGCGUUUGAUUUGAAGCUCAGUUAACUGGAUUUAGUGGCUGAGAUUUAAUUAAAAGUUUAAGAGUCAGUUCUUACAGAAUAAUUGACCAAGAAACAUGCGAAGUGAUUGGAGAAAUGAUCAUUCUCAGUAGUUUUGUAAUGUUGUCAAUGAGGUGUUAAACUGACAGAUUUUUAAAUGGAGUUUGGUCUGACUGUCUUGAAUAUGAUGUGUCUUGAGACAUGCCGAAUUGAAGAGUGGAUACUGCCAGAUAAUUUAAAUCAGCUUGGAAUGGCAUUCAUAAAUAUAAUUGGACAUUAGCAUUGGAGUAUGAAACAUUUAGGAGUGGAUUCGUUGCAUUUACAACCUCUUUUACAGUAUUACCGACUGUGCUGUAGCUGGGUUCACUUUGCUGGGUUAAAAUGUCAGAUUUUCUAAAUGGAGUUUGGUGGGUGAUGUGUGUAUCAUCAUUUCCAUGGCACUGAUGUGAGACAUCAUAAAACAUAAGACGUGUCUAAUUGAACUCCUUUUUAUGAACAAUUUUGUAAUAUUUGGUGGCACACAGUGAUGUUUUAGGUGAAAAAUAAUGGAGGUGGUGAUGUCACUCAGAUAUCUGAAGCUUGGGCAGUUACCAUGGAGACAGAUGGCGACAGAAACAAUAAUGUCAGCAGUCCUGAACCUAAACAGUCUGCAGAUCCUGGAUCAGACCUGUUGUUUGGCUCCACCUCCUCCCUUGAUUCACCUGAAACAGGAGCCGCACUAAACCCCGCCCCACCGUCAGCUGACCCCGACCCAUCUGAUCCCUUUGUUGACACCUCAGUGACAUCACAGCUGCUGGCUCCGGCUGUGGCGACAUGUCCCAGUCAGCUGAUCAUCGUGGAGCAGCGAGGAGACACGCUGCCCGCCGAGCGCAUGGUGAUCGUGACGGGCCAAUCAGAGGGCAGAGAGGUGUUUGUCAUCCCGUCCAAUCAGCUGGCGGUGAUCUCCAGUAGCCCAACAGGUCCUGUUGUAAACAUCCCGGUAACCACGGUAACAGACUUCAGCAGCAGUCGACCUCCCAGAGAGCAGCCGGCAAAUGGCAGCAGUCCGGAUGUUUCUGCUGGUAAGAAGCCACGGCUCUCCGGCGUCCCCAGCUGGGCUCUGAGACUCCGUAACGUGCAGAAGUUGGGAGACUCCUUCAGAGGGUUCUGCUGUUCGGAGGCGGAGCUGGAGGCCAUCUUGUUGCUCCAUAAGCAGCAGACCGGAUGUGUCUUUGGGACUCGUCAGUCUCCGUCUGUGGACAAACCCGCAACCAGACUCAUGUGGAAGUCUCAGUACGUCCCCUACGACGGCAUCCCCUUCGUCAACACAGGCAGCAGAGCGAUUGUGAUGGAGUGUCAGUUUGGACCUCGCAGGAAAGGACUGCAGUCAAACAGGAACUGUGACCUCCCUGCAGACACAGCGUCAUACAGAGCUACCUGUCCUGCCAGGAUCUACAUAAAGAAAGUUCGUAAGUUUCCGGACUUCAGAGUUCCAACAGAGGAGACCGCAGACAGGAGGACAGUGAGACAGGAGCAAGAGAAGGCCUUUCAGAGUCUGAAGAACCAGAACCUGGAGACAGGAGGAGUCAUCAGAUUUUACCUGCAGCUCCCCACAGAGAGAGCUCACUUGUAUCACACUGUGGACACGCCCCCCAUCCCCCCACCUCCCCCUGACCUGUCCCCUCCCCCCACCCAGCCAGAGGAGGAAGAAGAAGAGGAGGCAGGAGAGCAGGACGGAGCCGCCCCGUCUCGUCUCCACCCUCGGGUGGCGGAGAGGAUCAGACAGCUGGUGGCUGCAGGUCAUCAUCAGGUCUACACCGUCCGCAAACAGCUCAGGCGUUUUGUGGAGAAGGAGCUGUUUAAAUGUGACGGUCUUCCAGAGAGACACAACCUCAGAUUCUUCCCCACCGUCAACGACAUCAAGAACCACAUUCACGAGUCCCAGAAGGCCCUGGGGCUGACGGCCGCCACCGCUGCAGAGUGGACAGAAGACAGUACUGACCCUCUGAUGGAGACCGUCACUCUGACACUGACUCCUGCUGCUGAAGGUGUGGACGGCACUGAGUCUUUGUCUCCUGAAGCUGUGCAGCUCUUUAGCUCUCUGUCGUCUCUGCAGCCGAGGAUCUUCGCUCAGCUGCAGGGAAUCCUGCAGCCGCUCCCCCCUCCUCCCCCUCCCCCUCUGUCCCCCUCCCUGCUGCCGGUCGUCAGCCCCUCCUCCUUCCUCCAGCCUGCUGUAGGAGAGUCAGAGGAGGAGCUCCAUGAGGGGCAGCAGCUCUGUGGAGGAGCCCAGCAGGAGGUGCAACUGCAGAUCAUCAACUCUCCUGACACCACUGAGGAUGCUCUGAUUGGUGGAAACGUGCUUCAGGUGGAGGUUAAGGAAGAAGAGGAGGAGAUGAAGAUGAAGGAGAUGGAGGACUUUACUGGUUCUUGUUGAACCCUCAGCACUUAUCCAGUAACUCAGUAUGUGACACCAGUUUUAACACCAGUUAUUCACAUCACUUCAACGUUCCCUCUGAGCCACUGACAGACUUUUACUGUGAAACAUCUGAGCUGAGAACUGGAGUUUUAUCGAUGGGACCUAACAACACUGGAAACAACAGUGAAGGUGACUGAUUUUGGAAAUGAUCAGUGAACGGAAACAGGACGUUCCCAGGAGGUUCUGGGUAAACUGCAGAAGGUGAAUAAGAGCAGUGUGCUUGGCCCACAUGGGGUCACACGGGACGACCUCCUGAUGUGGGACAUGAAAGGUGGAAAGUUGGCGGACCUGUUAAACUAUCUUAUGUUGUUGAAAACUUCUGGAAUGCUUGAAACAUGUGCAACAUGAAUCAGAGGCAUCCAGAACAUCAUGAGGAUGUUCUCAGGACCGUCGACCUGGAGACAGACUGAGGUUACUCUGUUACAAAUGAAGGGCUGGUUCUCUGUGGAGGUCAAUAAUCACCAUUAAUGUCUGUUUCUAUGGUCUAAUGAUUUCCCAGAGUCUACAGUAACACUCUGUAGUGUGUGACAUCAUGUAAAUGCAAAAUUAUAGACCCUUCUAGCGUGGAUAUCACGAUGACAUCAUUUCAUUAUCUGGAGGUGCAGCUGCCUCUCCCCCACAGGGCUGUAGGCUACACAGGAGUCUUAAAAUGUGUUUGUCUUGUUGUGUUAUUGGGAGCCAGAACAGAAGGAGUCAUGGCUCAAAACCAGACGCCACUGCCCGUC